AAUCAAACCCCAAACCCAACUUUCACUUCCACAUUAACCCCACUCCAUUAAUUUCACUCACCUCCCCAAUUCAACACUCUUUCUCAAAUCUCUGAAAAUGGCAAAACCCACCACAGCAGCAACCUCCUCUCUUCUCCAAACCCUAAAAAGAUUCAUUAAAAAACCAUGGGAAAUAACCGGGCCAUGCGCCGACCCGGAAUACCGAUCCGCUAUACCAAGCCCUCUCGAGUAUCGCGUCAAUUGCCCAGCCACUCCAAAAAUCAAAGCAAUCGUGCCCACAUCAAACCCUGAAACCGUGUACGAUAUCAAGUACUAUACUCGCGAUCAGCGACGCAAUCGACCUCCAAUUAUACGCACCAUUUUGAAGAAAGCUGAUGUUGAGAAAUUGAUGAAGGAAAAGACUUUUGAUGUCACUGAUUUUCCUCCUGUUUAUUUGACUGCCGCUGUUGAGGAGGAUUAUAAUGCCAGGGGAGGUGGUUACCAGUAAUAAUUGUUGGUUGAGUUGCUGGAGAAACUUACAUGCUUCACCUUUCUUUCGUUAGUCCGUCUCCACCGGAGAAGUGCGGAUGUUUUUUCAGCGUAAUGUUAAUCUUGGUUCUCCUGCACUUUGCAGAUACUGGAAAUUGACAUCAAUAAGGAUAGUUGUCUGAGAUUUAAUUUUAUCUGAUUUUGUUUCGAAUAUUCGUGUAUGUGUAUGUGUAUAAAAUCCAAAUGCAACGGCAGUUGGGGUUUGACGAUUUUAA